UUUUUCUCCUUAAGCACGGGGUAACCGUGCCGUUAUGUCCGACGGGGCUGCGGUGUUGUUUAACUGUACAUUAAACCCGGAAUUAAAACGCAUAUGUGUUCAGCCUCCUUUCUCAUCGUCCCGGUAAUGGACACCUUGAGGGUCGGGGUGUGUUGAAAAAGUGCCUCCGCGACGCUGAAGUUUUAACCGAAGUUGCAGCGAGAAGAGGACCCGUCGGAUUCGCCCCGUGGACUCGGUCUGGAUAGCGUUCUCGAGGCUGCAGCUGCAGGCCAUUUUCUGAUGGGCGGCAUACUGCGAGGCAACUCACCGGGACGACGUCAAAUCAUUCGGACGAGACGGCAACUGUGAAAGAAUGAAGACGAGCUAGAAAGUGUGGUCUCUCCGAAAAGAAAUGCAAGGAGGUUUUCUUGGAGGUAUACGAAUGCGCGGCUAUUUGAACUAGCAAAUGUUUAGCUGGACUAAAAACACAAGUCAGAGAAACCUGAAGAGUAACUUUGCUUAGUGAUUCUUCAAACAAAGGGUCCGCCUUGACACAGAGUGAUCAAUAUGAGUGCUGAAGGCUAUCAGUACAGAGCGCUUUAUGACUACAAGAAGGAGAGGGAGGAGGACAUCAACCUGCAUGUGGGGGAUAUACUGUUGGUAAGCAAAGGAGCACUGGUGGCGCUCGGGUACACCGAUGGGCUGGAACAGAAGCCAGAUGAGAUCGGCUGGCUCCCAGGCUUCAAUGAAACCACUCAGGAAAAGGGAGACUUCCCCGGGACAUACGUCGAGUUCAUUGGGAAGAAGAAGAUCUCGCCCCCCACGCCCAAGCCGAGACCCCUCAGACCCUUACCUGAAGCUCCAGGAUGCUUCAGGGCGGACUCGGACCCGGAGCAAGGCUUCUGUCUGCUGGACUUGACGGAGCAGUUUUCCCUCCCCGAGACCAGCCCACCCAUGCUGGCCAGACUGCUGGAAGCCAUUGAGAGGAAAGGUCUGGAAAAUCCCACUUUAUAUCGGACAUUUACUGCUGGUGGUGGACUUGAAAUCAGGCAGUAUUUUGAUUGUGACCCUCCCUUACCGGACCUGGAUCCUGUGGAACUUCCCGUCCUGUGCGACGGUCUGCGCAGGUACCUGCAGGAUCUUCCCCAGCCCGUCAUCCCCACUGCAAUAUACGCUCAGAUGGUCCACACUGCCAAAGAGGCGGUGAAUCCUGAAGAAUGUGCCCAGCUACUACGCCGCAUCGGCAGCACCCCGAGCCUGCCUCCCCAAUACUGGCUAACCCUCCACUGUCUGCUGAGGCAUUUCUCCAGAGUGUGCCAAAACAGCUCCAAGAACCUGCUCAGUGCCAGAGCCCUGGGCGAGAUCUUCAGCCCGGUGCUGUUCAGACAACAAGCCACCAGUUGUGAACCCAGCUCGGAUGCUCACAUCAAGAUCAUUGAAGUUCUGGUGACCAGUGAAUGGAGUGAAAGUCAGGCAGCUCCAGCUCUACCUCCAAAGCCACCCAAGCCCACACCUGUGACUAACAACGGCAUGAACAACAACAUGGCGCUACAAGACGCCGAAUGGUACUGGGGAGACAUCUCGAGGGAGGAGGUCAACGAGAAGCUGAGGGACACUGCGGACGGUACUUUCUUGGUGCGAGACGCCUCCACUAAGAUGCACGGAGACUACACUCUGACUCUGAGGAAAGGAGGAAACAACAAGCUCAUUAAGAUAUUCCAUCGGGAUGGGAAAUACGGCUUCUCAGACCCGCUGACCUUCAGCUCAGUUGUUGAGCUCAUCAACCACUAUCGCAACGAGUCACUGGCUCAGUACAACCCCAAGCUAGACGUCAAGCUGCUGUACCCGGUCUCCAAACACCAGCAGGAUCAGGUGGUGAAAGAAGACAACAUAGAAGCUGUGGGGAGGAAGCUGUGCGAGUACCACCAGCAGUACCAGGAGAAGAACAAAGAGUACGACCGUCUGUAUGAAGAGUACACCAGAACUUCACAAGAAAUCCAAAUGAAAAGGACGGCCAUCGAGGCUUUUAACGAAACCAUAAAGAUAUUCGAGGAGCAAUGCCAAACACAAGAGCGGUACAGCAAGGAGUACAUCGAGAAGUUCAGGAGAGAAGGCAACGACAAGGAGAUCCAGAGGAUUAUGGGCAACUACGAGAAGUUGAAGUCCCGGAUUAGCGAAAUCGUAGACAGCAAACGCAGACUGGAGGAAGAUCUGAAAAAACAGGCGGCCGACUACAGGGAGAUCGACAAGAGGAUGAACAGCAUCAAGCCAGACCUGAUCCAGGUCCGCAAGACCAGAGACCAGUAUCUCAUGUGGUUGACCCAGAAGGGAGUCAGGCAGAAGAAACUCAACGAGUGGCUCGGAAUCAAGAACGAGAACACGGAAGAUCAAUAUUCUAUGGUGGACGACGACGAAGACCUUCCUCAUCACGACGAGCGGGCCUGGAAGCUGGGCAACAUCAACCGACUGCAGGCGGAGGCUCUCCUCCAGGGCAAGAGAGACGGAACAUUCCUGGUUCGAGACAGCAGCAAAGCGGGAUGCUACGCCUGCAGCGUUGUCGUGGACGGUGAGGUGAAGCACUGCGUCAUCAACAAGACCCCCUCAGGUUUCGGCUUCGCCGAGCCGUACAACCUGUACAGCUCCUUGAAAGAACUCGUACUCCACUACCAGCACACGUCUCUGGUCCAGCACAAUGACUCUCUGAAUGUGACGCUAGCGUACCCCGUGUACACCCAGCAGAGGCGGUGAGGUUCCCCGGCUGUUUUUCCACACGGGACACUCAAAGAAGAAGAAGAAGAAAAAGGAAAAAAAGGCCUUGUGAUGAGUUGGGAUAUAUACACACAUAUAUAUAUAUAUAUAUAUAUAUAUAUAUAUAUAUAUAUAUAUAUAUAUAUAUAUAUAUGUGUGUAUCUAUGUGUCCUCGGGACCCUAUGAUUUAUAACACGCAGACGCGCGAGAAAAGGAGGGCUCUGUUUGCCCCGACUCGGACUUGAAAUUGGAGGAGAAGGAAAGCGGUAAAAGCCUGAAGCGUUUCAGUGACUCUGCCCGAGCCCGAGGCGAGUCUGAAUGUAGAUUUAUUUCUCUCUCGCUUUUUUUGUUUUUUUGUUGUUGUUGUUGUUUUUGUCGGAGCGGAGAAUACCGGCGGGAAAAAAAACUGCUGAACUCAGUCGCCGGCAGGAGGAUGAGGAGGAGGAGGAGGAGGAGGAGGAGGAUGAUGAGGAGGAGGAGGAUGAUGAGGAUGUUUUCCGAGGCCUUUUCCUUAACGGUGCUCGUUCUUUUUUCAAAGCUUUACCAGCCGGGGGGGAAAACGUCGAAUCGCAAACAGAUAAACUCUUCGAAUGGAACUAUACUCACCGGCCACACCGCUGUUCUCCCCCCCCCCCCCCCCCCCCCCCCCCCCCCCCGCCCUCCUCCACCACCUUUUUGUUUCUUUCCCUUCAUCUUUGUGCGUCUGUGUUUCUGCACAAGUGUUUGUGUGUGUGUGCGUGCGUGUUUGCGAUUGUGUGAGUGUGUGUGUGUGUGUGUGUGUGUGUGUGUGAUUGUCCAUGUGACCAAAACCCAUAGAAUCAGGUAAAUGUGUGAUGUCGGGGCAGGCUGUGUAACACAUUUGCUUGUGUUAACUGUUCAGUAGCAGACCAUGGAUCAGCUGAUAAAUGUAGCAAAAUGGCACUUUUUAAAACAAAGUUGUAAUUUCUUUUAUUUUAUUUUUUUGUUGUUGUUGGAAAAAAAGACUCGUAUGGACUUUUUAUGAGAAGAGGCAGAAGGAGACGAGACUUCCGCAUCCUGCCUUCACACUGUUGAGCAUUAUAGUGCAGACGUGAACUUUUGGUCUUUACUGUGGGGCGGGUGAAACUAUGAAUGGACUUUAAAAACUAUUUCAUGUA